CUCGGACAGAGAAUCGGGUGUGAAGAGAAAAUGAAGAAAUCCUCUUGAGUUUGAAGUUGGAGAAAGUGAGGCCAUGGACUCCGACCAUUCUACCGGAAUUUCGUCAGUUUCCAAUCAGAUCCCGACCACCUUCCCAUUCUCCGGCAUCUUCGAUCUUCAAGGAGAUAUCGCUGGGCCUACAAGGAACUCAAUGGGAUUCAUGGAGCUGCUUGGUCUCCAGGAUUACGGACCGAUCUUCGACUUCCCUCCACCACCGCCUCCGAUGACGACGUCCUUGCCGGAAUCUUCGGAUACUGUCAAUUUUCCGGCGACGCCGAACUCUUCAUCGAUUUCGUCGUCGUCGACGGAGGCCGCCAACGAAGAGCAAGCGAAAGCGGCAGAAGAGGAAGAGCAGGAGAAGACCAAGAAGCAAUCGAAAUCGAAGAAGAAGAAUCAGAAGCGGGAGAGAGAGCCGAGAUUCGCAUUCAUGACUAAGAGCGAGGUGGAUCAUCUUGAAGAUGGCUAUCGAUGGAGAAAAUACGGACAGAAAGCUGUGAAAAAUAGCCCUUAUCCAAGGAGCUAUUAUCGUUGCACCAGCAGCAUGUGUGGUGUGAAGAAGCGGGUGGAGCGAUCGUCGGAUGAUCCGUCGAUCGUAGUGACGACAUACGAAGGGCAGCACACACACCCAAGUCCGGUCAUGCCGCGCGGGAGCUCUGUUGGGAUCCCACCAGGAGGUUUCGCCGCUUCACCGAUGCAAAUGACACAGUCUCACCAGCUACAACAGCAACAAUCCUACUAUCUUAACUUAUCACCUUCUUUGAAUUUUAGUUCAAUUUCUUCUUCUUUGCCUUCACCGUCUCUUCUUCAAGACCGGCGAUUUUGUGCGUCGACAGCUUCUUUACUCAGGGAUCAUGGACUACUUCAGGACAUCGUCCCGUCUGAUAUGAGGAAAGAGGAUUAGAAGGUAAUUAGAAGGGUUGAAGGGAGAAAGCAAGCUGGGACUUGGGCGGAAGAGACUGGAGGCUGACAUCUCUGGAACACCCUAAUUGGUACUCCUUGGGCGAUGUUCAGGGUGAUAGAGCCUUUGAAGAGCUAGGCCCCAUCAUUGAUUAAAUGGUUAUUAUCACCACCCAAUGGUGCCAUUUCAGCCUGUGGCCUUUACAUGUUGGGCACCAGCUCUUUAAGGCUUUCAAUCCCCUUGCAAGCAAGAUCCCAAAGAGCACACUUACAAAGGGUACUCCCGAAGUGCACUUAAUCUCUUUUUCAGGAAAAAAAGAAAAAAGAAAAAAAAAGAGGGUUUAUGUGAAUAGGUGCAUCUUAUUAAUGGAGAAUAUAUGUUACAAGGGAGAGGGUAUACAUAUAUGUUAUGCACACGUGCAUGCAUGCAAGGGUUUCCUUUAUAUAUUUUUUUACCAGCUAUAAUCCAUGUUGAAGAUACUUGCAUAUGGCAGAGAUGGACAAGAUCUGAACCAUUCAUUUAAUAGGUCCAGUAGUUAAUGGACCAUAGGCUAAAAUUACUGUUUCGCUGUUUGCACAAACCCUUUAACCGUCAAUGUACAAAUGGACAUCAAGGGGUUGUUUUUUUUU